AUGCCCGCGAAAGACAGGAAGAUUGCGUUUAUGGGGUUUAGAUCUGUCGGCAAGUCUUCAUUAAUCAUUCAGUAUGUUGAAAACCAGUUUGUUGAUUCUUAUGAUCCCACGAUUGAAAACACCUUUGCCAAACACACAAAGGUUGGAGGUCAGGAGUAUAACCUGUUGGUAGUGGACACAGCCGGACAGGACGAGUACUCUGUGAUACCUCAGUCGUACUUCAUUAACAUCAACGGAUACGUUCUUGUCUAUUCUGUUAACUCUCAGAAGAGCUUUGAUGUUGUAAAGCACGUUUAUAACAAGAUCAUUGAUAUGAAGGGAAGAAUGACGGUACCCAUUGUGCUUGUCGGAAAUAAAAAAGACCUUCGCAUUGAAAGGGUCAUUUCAGAAGAAGAGGGGAAACACUUAGCAGAAUCUUGGAAGGUUCCAUUUCUGGAAGCCUCGGCUAAAGAGAACUCAUCAGUGAAGGACAUAUUUGACACAGUUUUAAACACAAUUAAACAGAAGGAGAAUGGCGAGACCCCGGAGAAGAGUAACUGUACGCUGUCGUAG